AGUACAAUUGACCCCAAAUAUGUCAGAGAAUCGAUUCUUGGGAACCAUCUCAACCUCGUCCAUCCGAAACCUCCUCCCCAAAUCUCUCUCCACUAAUCGCAAGAUGAACUCAUCUCGCUCGAAAUUGAACCCUAUGGACUGCGGCGAAAACAUCCCCCCAAUCGAUCCAAACGUACAGUUCGAAAACGGUCCAGUCUCCCCUUCAAUCGCCAAAAUACCCCUAUCAAAACCACAAAUUUCACAACUAGAAACCACCAGAUCUGUUGCUCAUACAGAAGUUAUAUUACCUCCGUCAGAUCCACCUGUCAAGGUUGUAGUAAGGAUUAGACCAGCUAACGGUCACGAAAGAGAAGGGGAUCGGUUGGUUACGAAGGUCUCUGACAAUUCUGUAACCGUUGGAGAUAGAAAGUUUGCCUUUGAUUCAGUUCUCGACUCGAAAUCAAAUCAGGAGGAUGUGUUUCAGCUAGUUGGAGUUCCAUUAGUUAAAAAUGCUUUAGCGGGUUACAAUACAUCCAUCUUGGCAUAUGGACAGACUGGAAGUGGCAAAACUUACACGAUGUGGGGUCCGCAAAGUGCGAUGGUUGAGGCUCAGGCAACCAACAGUGACCAAGGCAUUGUUCCACGCAUCUUCCAAAUGCUGUUCUCUGAGAUUCAGCGAGAACAAGAUAACUCAGAAGGUAAACAGAUCAAUUACCAGUGCCGCUGUUCAUUUCUCGAGAUAUACAAUGACCAAAUUGGGGACUUACUUGAUCCCACCCAAAGAAAUCUAGAGAUAAAGGAUGAUGCUAAACAUGGAUUUUAUGUGGAGAAUUUGACGGAGGAGUACGUUACUAGUUAUGAGGAUAUAACCCAAGUUUUAAUUAAGGGGCUUUCAAGCAGGAAGUUAGGAGCAACAAGCAUAAAUGCAAAAAGUUCAAGAUCCCAUAUUGUGUUUUCAUGCGUCAUUGAUUCAUGGUGCAAGGGAACAUCAGCAAAAUGUUUUGGUAGUUCAAAGACAAGCAGAAUCAGUCUUGUAGAUCUUGCGGGGCUGGAGAGAAAUAAACUUGACGAUGAUAGGCAGUGUGCAAGGGAGGAGAAAAAUGUGAAAAAGUCUCUAUCACAUUUGGGGCACUUGGUGAAUAUCCUAGCUGAAGGUACUCAGUCAGGAAAACCUCAGGAGGUUUCUUACAGAAGCUCGAGUUUAACACAUUUGUUGAAGGAAUCACUUGGCGGAAAUGUCAAACUUGCAGUUAUAUGUGCCAUCUCUCCAGAUAGCAAGAGUAGCUGUGAGACAUUAAGCACACUCAGAUUUGGGCAGCGAGUAAAAUCCGUACAUAAUGAGCCAGUUAUAAAUGAGAUAUCAGAGGAUGAUGUCAAUGACCUGAGUGACCAAAUUCGUCAACUGAAGGAAGAACUUAUAAGAGCCAAGUCAAAUGUAUCUAAUUCAGUUGGAAUCAACAUCCGGAAUUCUAAAGGUCGAAGUGUACGUGAAAGCGUGAAUCAGUUGAGAUUGAGCCUUAAUCGCUCGUUGAUUUUACCCCGCAUAGAUGAUGACCUCAAGGAGGAAGUAAAUGUCAAUGAGGAUGAUGUGAGAGAACUACGUCUUCAGAUAGACAAUUUGCACAGCUCUGAUGAAGACAUUUUAAAAGACUCGUAUGAAAACAGUAACAGCAUUCAGUUUUCUUGUGUCGAAGAAGGUUCCGACACAGACCUGACAAGUGAACAAUAUGGAAGUUGUCCAGAGGAAAUUGAGAUUGAUAGCAUUGCAUCUGUUGAUAGCAAUGCAAGGACCAUUGAUACUUCCUUCAAGAGUAAUAGGAAAAGCAUAGGACUCCAGGAACCAAUGUUAUCUGAGUCUCCGAAAAUCAACAGCAAUAGGAAAAGCGUAACUUUUGCAUCGGUUCAUCUGGAGAGUCAGAACAUUGUUUCAGAUAGUUCCAAGUUUGAUUCAGAUGCAUUACGACAGUCACUCAGACCUAGCGAUCACAUACGAUCCUCUUUGCGGUCAAGCAAGAUAUUUCCGGGACCCACAGAAUCCCUGGCCGCUAGCCUUCAUAGAGGCUUAGAGAUUAUUGACUAUCACCAGCGGAAUUCAGCAUCUAGUACACCUGAUGUUGCAUUCUCUUUCGAGCACUUAGCUUUGCAGUCAUCUCAAACGGUUGACAAAGCCAAUGCUUCCUUUUUAUGUGCGUCAUGUGGGAACAAAAAUGGAUCAACUGUGCAAGAUGUUGGAAAAGAUUUGACAGAAGCCAUCAGGAGAGAAAAGGAGCUGAAAAACAUUUGCAUGGAACAAGCAGCCAAAAUUGAGCAGCUAAAUCUUCUGGUAGAGCAAUACAAACAUCACAAUCAACAGGAUAUUAUCCCCAACGAUAGUACUACACUUGAUUGUGAAGACUUGGAGAACACGAUAGUGCGAAUUGACGAAGUCAAACAUGAAAAUUCUCAUGUACCUGAGGGUGAAAGGAAGCUUUUGAAAUGGGAUGAUAGUGAGAAUUCUGAGAGAGAGAUCAUAAAUGAAAAAUGUGAAAUAAAAGAAGUCACAGACAGCAAGUACAAGAACACAUCUUUUGAUAUUAGUGAGAAGGAAGCACUUCUCAAUGAAAUUCAAACCUUAAGGAGCCAGUUGCAGUCAUUUACAGAUGGGUCUCCUAAAAUGUCUUCUGAGAGAGUGAGAUCCUCUUCGUUGUUGUUGCAAUCAAUUCAACUGAGGAAGAGUGGUGCCUCUUCUUUGUUGUCACAAUCCAUCAGGAAAAGUGGUACAUUCGCUCAAGGUUGCAACAGUGAGGAGGAACUUGAGAAAGAAAGACAAAGGUGGAUGGAAAUGGAAAGUGAAUGGAUUUCUUUGACUGACGAGUUGAGAAUCGAUCUUGAGUCCAACCGCCGACGUGCAGAAAAGGUGGAGAUGGAGCUGAGGUUAGAAAAGAAGUGCACGGAGGAAUUGGAUGAUGUAGUUCAUAGAUCUGUCCUCGGGCAUGCUAGAAUGGUCGAGCACUAUUCAGAACUACAGGAGAAGUACAAUGAUUUGGUUGGAAAGCACCGGCUGAUUAUGCAAGGGAUAGCGGAGGUGAAAAGGGCAGCUGCGAAAGCAGGUGCUAAGGGUCAUGGCUCUCGUUUUUCCAAGUCCUUGGCAGCGGAGCUUUCAGUCCUUAGAGUGGAAAGGGCACGGGAAUUGGAAUUUCUGAAAAAGGAAAACAAAAGCCUCAAAGUUCAACUUAGGGACACUGCCGAAGCUGUUCACGCUGCUGGAGAGCUCCUUGUUAGGCUGAGAGAAGCUGAAGCAGCAGCUUCAGUGGCAGAGGAGAAUUUCACAAGGGUUCAGGAAGACAAUGACAAGCUAAGAAAGCAAGUGGAAAAACUGAAAAGGAAGCACAAGAUGGAAAUGAUCACCAUGAAACAGUACCUUGCAGAGAGCCGAUUGCCAGAAUCUGCGUUGCGGCCUUUAUAUAGGGAGGAUUCUGACAAUACCGCCACCUCGCUCCACGAUGAUGACCAGGCAUGGAGAGCUGAAUUCGGAGCAAUAUAUCAAGAUCACUACUGAGGUGAUGGCAAAUGUUCCGGAUUUUAGUGGCUACCAUUGUUUGAAUAGUUGCGGCUUGCGUUAGACCCUACUUGGGUCGACCCAACCACACUCUUGGCCUUCUCUAUUUACUCCUGUUUUUUUCUUCUUCAUAUGCUUUAUUUGAUGUGGAUCAUUUGAUAGAAAGCUCUUCUUUUUUUCUUUUUGUGGUUUGUUGGAGAAGUGCUUUCUUUCUUCAUCCAUUUGUUGUGAUAAUAAAGACGUAUUGCAGUGGUUAUCUCUAAUGAGUAUUUCUUGAAUCUUGGUUUUCAUUCC